AUGGAUCAACUAUAUAUAUUAAGUGAGGAAGAACAAGAUGCAGAGCUACAGAAAAGCUCAAAAGCAACCCAACAAAUAGAGGAUGAGGAUGAAGUGAUCUUUGUUGGGGUAAUUUCAAAUUCAAAACCAGUCAUUUCCAAUAUUUUGAACAGAAUCAACCCAGGGUCAAAGAGAAAAAUGUGUAAUCACCUAAGAAAAGAUACUGGACUCAGAUUGCAGCCUACAAGUUAUGUGAACCCUUCAGCAGAAGCAAGAUCACAAUCUGAAUCAAGAACAGCAAAUCCUGUUAUUACUAAGCCGUUAUGUAAACCUCAUUAUAAAAAUGAUUCACCACAAGUCAUGCCUGGUAGGUCCUCAGAAUGUUCUCCUGUGGUUACGCUCCCACGUUCAUGCCAUCAGCCAGAAGGAGCAGCAUUUUCAGUAAAAGGUGUGACUGGACGUCCUCGUGUGGCAAAGCGCCGAGGUUCCACUUCUAAAGGAAGUAGCAUAAAUCCCAAAAGGCCUAAACGUACUGAUAGACACAAAGGAAAGUCAGCUUUAUCUCUUUCAGGCAAUAUUCAUACAGUGAAUCCUCAGCAAAAUCCACCCUCAAAUGGUGUUCAUGCCUCAUUAAGUCUUGCUCAGAGUCGACCAUCCACAGCUUUUCCAAAAGACAGUGUCCAUUUCAAACCAAUCAGUAUAAACCUUGAUGGAGAAAAUGGAUUGGCAAAAACAGACUUAUCAAGCCAAGGACAUGAGAACAAGAUCUCAGAUCCCAAGAAAGGAAAACUGACACUGUUACUUGAUGAUUUCUACUAUGGACGUCAUAAGGGUCAUGGGCGUGCAGGACCAAAGACUCUCAUACACUUUAAAUGCUCCAGAUGCCAGAAAGUUCUAAAAAAUAUGAAGUUUAUGAAUCAUAUGAGGCACCAUUUAGAACUUGAAAAGCAGAGUGACAACUGGGAAAAUGAUAUCACCUGCCAGCACUGCCACCGAAAAUUCCCCUUGCCCUUCCAGCUGCAGUGUCACAUUGACAGAGUGCACUCUCCUCAGAAACACUCUGAUGUCUGUAAAAUCUGUGAACUAUCAUUUGAAACAGAUCAAGUUCUCUUACAACACAUGAAGGACAAUCAUAAGCCUGGGGAGAUGCCUUAUGUGUGUCAGGUUUGCAAGUAUAGGUCAUCAAUCUUUGAUGAUGUGAUAACACAUUUUAAAAUGCGCCAUGCAAACACUAACUAUCUGCUCUGUCUGUUUUGUCUCAGAAUUUUCAGAACGGCACCAACAUACACGUGUCAUUAUAGGGGGCACUGGGAAAGGUGUGCUCAUCAGUGUUCUAAAUGUAGGCUGCAGUUUCUGACUUUCAAGGAGAAAAUACAGCACAAGACCCAGUGUCACCAAAUGUUUAAGAAGCCUAAGCAACUAGAAGGAUUGCCUCCUGAGACCCAAGUUGUUAUUCAAGUGUCCCUGGGUCCUUUUCAGCCAGGAUCAAUGACCACAUCAUCCAUUACGGUGAACACAUCUGACUUUGAACCAUCUCCCCCUCAAAAUUAA